UCUUGUAUCCUGGAUUGUAUGUGAAGCUUUGCACAGAAAUGUAGUUGACAGUUUGUGUAUUUUCUACAUAUAUGGCUCUGACACAUUUGGAGAAAGUUGUUUAUUGGAUUUGGAGAAAGUUGUUGAUUGGAUUUAGAGAGAGUUCUUGCUACGUCGAAGAAGACGCAAGUUGCAGCAUGCGAGUACUGUGAGUUGAGAGAGGGUCAAGGGAACCAGAUGAGGUGGAGGCAGCUAUAAGUGGAAUCUCGAAGCUACUGGUCUCUCAGUUCAUUAACCUUCAGUCUGGUUCUUAGGAUAAAACUAUUCAUGUAUGUUUAUAAAGGUUUACAAAACCAAUCAUAUGGAUAUAUGAAAUAGUUUUGUAUAUAAAUCAUUUAUAAGAGUUUAUAAAACUAUUUAUUAACAAUUUAUAAAUUUUAUAAGAGCUUAUAAAACCUUGUAUCAACCAUCUAUAAAGUUUAUAAAACACAUAUAAAUAUUUAUAUAACUAUUUAUAAAAGUUUAUAAAACUAUUUAAAAGGGUUAUUAUAAAUAUUUACAAGAACUUAUAAGCUAUUUAUAAGAGUUUAUACAUUUAUUUAUAAGUUUUUAUAAAUUAAUUUACAAGGUUCAUAAAUCUAUUUAUAAAUCAGUUAGAAGAGUUUAUAGAUCAUUUAUAAAUUCUUACAAAAUUUGUAAGUAAAUAUUUAUGAAAGUAUUUAUAAUGUUUACAAUUCUCCAAUAAAUGUUUGUAAAUUAUUUACAAUUAUUUACAAAAUCAUUUUCUAGCCAAAAGCAUCAUUAUUGUACGUGUAAUUAUAGAAUUCAUAAAUCAUUUUGCAAUGAUUUAUAUCAUCUUAUAAUGGUUUAUAAGAGCUUUUUCGUUUGUGUCGAUGGGUUUAGGACAUAUUUAUAAGAGUUGAUCAAAAUAUAUGAGAAAUAUAAAUCUAUUUUUAAGAGUUUAUAAAUCUAUUUAUAAGGGUUUAUUCAAAAGAUUAUAAGAAUUUAAUAAUCUUCAUAACACAAUUUAUAAGGGUUUAUAAAUCAAUUUAGAAGUAUUUAUAAAGGAUCAUACAAGCAACUCUUUAUGACACUGAAAGCCAUCAAGAUUCAAGGUUUUGACAGCGACAGUAAGGCCAGUGCCAGGCUUAACAGGAGCAGUUUCGUUCUCCUUCACCCAUCCUUUAAAGAGACAACCAAAGCCACCUUCUUCGAGAAGACUUUCGGGUCUGAAAUCUCUUGUAGCCAACUUGAGAUCAAGGAAAGUAAACUGCUUGAGGUGAGAAUACAUCUUAAGCUCUUCAAUGAUCAUAGGAGUGGACAAAGAGCUUUCAGCAUUGGUGAUUGUUGCUAUUGUAAAAGAAGAAGAAACAUGGCCAGCUGGUUGCUCAUUAAUUUGAUUUCACAGUUGCUGCCGAGUUACUUCCUAGUGUUAAAAACAAAAAAAAAACAAUAUAGAUUAGGAUGAAAGUAGUUAAGCUCAAACUCUGAUUCUGAUACUUAGGUAAACCAACCACAUUGGACACAUACGGGAAAGAAUCUUAGAUGGAAAUUUUAAGUCUAUUUUUGGAAAUCAAAUUCUAGAAAAAAUUAAGAAGAUUUGAUGCCAAAGUAAAGAUUUUUUUAUGAGAGAGGAGAAGGAAGAAAGGAAGGAAGGGGCAUUACGAGUGGUUGUAGAGAGAGAGAGGGGGAGAGGUAUCAACAUCAGAAGUUGAAGGGUUCGAUGAAUUUUUGCGAAUGGGAUCCGGGGACUCGAGGGGUUACAGGAAUCUCGGUUCAUCAAUAUGGGGAGUUAGAGGCGACACGCAAAGGAUUCAAAGGAUUGGAAAGUACAGAUCUGAUUGAGAUUACAAGCGAUCUCAUACAAAAUGGAGAAUUGGGAAUUGAGGGAUUUUGGUGUUUCUUGGGAGUUUGGUCUCGGAAUCUCCAAGGUAUGAUUCUGAACCAGAAAGGGGAAGUAGCUGCUUUGGAGUUUAAGGAACAGAUUUACGGAUCUGUUUUCCUCCGAGUUUGGAAGGUUUCGAUGGGGACUAGGCCCUCGUCGCCACCUGCAAGCGUACGGUCAGUACAACGGCAACUCGUCAUGGAGAAGGAGCAAAACAGCAGGAGGAGAAGGGUCUCGCAAACCCCAAACCUUAUGCCACCAAAUCUUAGAAGUAGCAUGACGACACAAGAAGUGGAGGGUUUAUGCGAGCAGUUGGCGUGUUCUAUUUUUAAUUUUAAUUUUGUUUUUCAGUUUAAUAAGCUCUAUGAGCGUCUUAUUGAGAUUUUUUUUGGUUAUUUUGUUGGUUCUACUUGUCCCCUGUGUUUCAUUGUCUUGCCCUAUGUGGGUUUGAAUUGGAACAAGACGAGACUCUUUGGUUUUUGGUUUUGGCUUGGAUGUGGCGGUUGUUUUAGUGGUCUUUCUCUUACGGUUUCAAAACACCAGAGGCCAUGUCUGCAAGAUGGUUUUACUAUAGAGGAGCUACUGUGUUUGGUCUCAUUAAACCAUCCACAGAUAUCACAUGUGUGUACGGAGGUGUUUGAGUUGGUGGAGAUCGGUCAAAAGGAUAGUAGAAUGGUUUUAUUUUUGCGUAUGGGUUGGUCUUCUAUUUGUUUUCUUAUUCGGAUGAAAUGGUGGUUUUGUGUCUCUGUGGUAUUUUUUCAAACAAGGGAGUUAGGGAGUUUGGCUCAAGAAGUCCAACAAUUAUGGAGAGGGGAUAUCAAUGGUGGGUUACGAAAAAGCAAGGCUGAGGUUUUAUUUUUUCGAAGAGUUUUGGUGGUCCAAUAUUAUAUUCCUGUGAAGGUUUUCUACGUCUUACAAGAUACACAUAAGGUCUGGUACUUUCUAAUGUUUAAUAAAAAUAGGAUUUCAAUUAUAAGUAAUCAUCGGGGAUGGACUUUAAAAGUGGCACGUGGUUUAAUAUCUGUUGAUGAUCAAGAGUUUAUUUGGAGUGGUUUAGAGAGAAUCUGGAUACAUGGGAGAUGGGAGGUUAUAUUCAAUACACACAUGUUAAUUGAGGCAGUACGGCUUCAAUGGGGUGUACGGUUUUGGUCCAUGUUGCAAAUUAUAUAUUUUGGUAUAGUGAAAGAUCAGGUUUAUGACAAUACGAUUCACACAAAUUAUGCCGAGUGCAUUCUGGUUACUCAGGGUUUCCUCACACCCGAUUGUCUAGCUCGAAUGAGCUUUUUGAAAAAAAAUUAUGAUAGUGUUGAGCUGGAAUUGUAGAGGUGCGGGAAGUCAUUGGACAAUUAGUUAUC